CUUAUCAACAAACCUCGCGUGUACAACCAGGAAGUAACUAACAGUGUCUUGAUAAAAGUAGAGAAGCCUUCUCAACCUGUGGUGUAACCGUGCGCAUUUACACUGAUAACUCGCACUCCACAGGAAACAGCGGAGACGAGCUGACAAUGCCCCAACUGACAGCUGAUUCCAAAUGGACGUGACAUGUCAGUGACAUAAUGGACAACGUGCAACAAGCAGAUAUGGACGACACCACACCUGAGAGGACAAAGUUGGACUAUAGUUCCUUGACAGAAGAGAACUUUUGUGACUUCCUGGAGGACCACUUCAAUGACCUCAUUCGCUCCGUCUCUCCUCCGGUGUUCUUUGGCCAGCUGCGCAGUGCUCGCGUCCUCAGUGAAAGUGACUGUGAUGAAAUUAAUAAUUUCUACUGUAACCCAACACGAAGAUCUCGUGCAAGAACUUUCCUCAAUAUACUGCUGACAAAGGGACUAGAUGGGUUCAAGCAGUUUAUGGAGUGUUUGGAAUAUGAGUACCCGCAUGUGUUCCAGAAGAUCACAAACAGAAUUGCUAAAUCACCCCCCUCAGGCUAUGAGCGGCAUGAUGAAGGUCGUAUCUCCCAGAACCUGGAGGAGUUUUCUCGGAUGGGGUUCCGCGUGGCGAACCUCAACAACCAGCGGAAUGAUCUGUUCAACCAGCUCGAGGAGCUGCAGAGCAUGCUGGAGUAUGCGGAGAAGGAGAACAAAGACUUGGAGCGUGAGAUUGCCUCACUGAGACCUUAUGCUAUGGACAACCAGCAACUGUUGGAGAAACAGCUUGAAGCUGACAAGGAGAUUCGCAACCUCAAGGAUGAAAACAGAGAAUUCAUGAGGAAGAACAUCCAGUAUCGAGAUGAUGUGGAGCGCCAGAUGAGCCGCAUUGACGAGCUGCUCGUAGACAGAGAGGACCUGGAGAACAACCUGAAAGAGAGAAACAAUGAGCUGGAGAGAAUGAACCAAUCACAGGAUGUGCUGAUAGAGAGGUUUGAAGAGGAGAGAAAGAAAUCCCAGCGACUUAUCAACAUAGCAACCCGUAGAGAAAGACACACUGAUGACAAUUCAGAUCGACCACGUGCCCAGAAUUUUAAGACAAGGAUAGAGAUCCUUCAGUGUGACCUUGAGGCUGAGAGAGAGAAGGUGAAAGAGAUGAUCGAAACCCUGGAGAUGACACAGGCAGAAUUGAUCAGCGAGAGACAGGCAUCUGAAACACUGCGGUGUGAGAAGCUGAAGCUGCAGCGAGAGAGUGACCAGAGCCAGCUGUUCCUGAAGCAUGCAGAGAGGCGGAACGAGCAGUACUUCAAGACCAUCCAGCAGCUGGAGAAAGAGAAGAGGAAGGCUGAGGAGGAGAAGAUACUGGCCCAACAGAAGUGCUGGGACAUUUCCGAUCAGAAGCAGAGAUUGUUCGUGGCCAAACACAACCUUGAACAGAAAUAUGACAGGUUACGGCAAAACUAUGAACGAAUACGAAGUGAUUGUCGUUCUAAACCAGAGGAAGCUGUAGAUGGUGGUGGUAAUACAUUAACAUGCAGACACAUCAGCCCAAAUCACCAAAGACUAUCCCCAGAGUCUGUUCGCCCCACACCACUGCCACUUCUAAAGACUGCACGAGGAGACACAGAUCCAGCAGCAAUACAGGAGGGAGCCUCGCAACAACACCCACGACAACCUGGAGUUAGUACUUUGGCGGCCACGUUCAAGACAGGGGGUGAUGACCAGUCCAAUGAUAGCCUGAUGUGUCAGCAGAGUUUCAGUGUGCGAAAUACUGUAACUAGUCCAUCCUGUGAACGUGAUUCUACAGCAAAGGGAUUAAGGCCCCUGAUUGCACGCAAACCCAGGCUGAAAAAUCACAGUGACUCCAUGGUGGUUAAUAUCUCUGCAUCAAUGAAAAAAGUUUCUAGCACCCAAAGUCCUGCUACUGCUGAUGAUGACAGUGAUCCAACAUGUCGGAGUGAUGAUGAUUAUGAUGAAGACCAUCAAAGUGGCAGUGGAUUCAGCAUUGAUCAAGAAACUUCAUCAUCUGGGUCGUCGGAUGUGCAGCGUGAUGCAGACGUCUUUUGUAUCCGUAGCGACCUCCUGCCGGCGGACUCUCAAUACCUACGCUGGUUUGACUCACAGACCGGCAUGGGCAUAUCAACUCUGGAGACAGAUGGAGGGGAACAAAAGAAUGCCUCAGAUUCAGAAGAAAAUAUGGCCAAGCUGAAUAUGAAGAACUUCUACGUCAGGUCGAACGUGACAUGGGAGGACCAGAGUAAGGAAGGCAGCAUCCCCAUCCAGGAGGGGGAGUUUCUCUACAUCAGCGACGUCCUCAAGCCCACCUUCUUCUUGGUCAACAAGGUCGAACCCACGUCAGGCCACCACAUGAAGAGGAGGGCCUCGGGGACUGUGCCUGAUUAUGAAUUAGCCAAGAUGUGCACACGGCGCUCCUCUCAAGGGGUGAUAACUCCGGAACCUCAGGGUAACAAAGGACUGAUAGUUCGCAGGGAUGCCAUCCGAAGCAGAGAUUAUAGUCCCUACACGGUCAUUGCUCCACUCAAAGCAUUGAUGAAGCUGCCAGUUCUCCUGAGUGGCCAGAGAGCCCUGGUGGACGCCAUCUUGGACAUCCUGGUCGCCGAGGCUGAUGAGUGGGCUACAACUAUCAAGAAACCAGUGACAAAGAAUCUGCGUCAGAACUGGCGAGAGAUGUGUGAUCUGCUGCGACAUACCAUCAUGCCCUCGUGGGGCAUCAGCCAUCAGUCUGACCGUGACCAGCAUCGCUACAUCGUCAUCAACAUCAAGCUGAUGUCGGAGGACUGCCAGGAACAACUCAGAGACAUAUUUGGACAGGACUUCAAUGAUGUGCAGUGUGACAAGGAGAUUGCGCCGUCCAAAUGGUCACUCCACAGUGAGACAGUUACACUGCCCUCACCAAAAAUCCGGGACCGAGGAGACCUCAUGGCACACCUAAAGGAGAAGAUCAUGAACGUGCAGGACAAUAUCUUCUGGAUGACUAUCAGCUGGAAGACCAUCAACACACUGAAGAACAGUGCUUAGGAAAUCAUCUGCAGGAUUUAUUGUAGUAAGACCAUCAACACACUGAAAAACAGUGCUUACGAAAUCAUCUGCAGGAUUUAUUGUAGCCAGAGAGGAAAUAUCUCAUCGAUGCUACAGUCUAAACACUCUCAUGGAGAAAUUACCAAAGGUGCAUGAUAUGUCUCUAUGAGACACUGGUUAUAUGAGGACACUGUCAGACGUUCAUGAACAUGCAAUUUUGUAAAACUACAAACACAUAAUUUGCUUUCAAGUUUUCUUGACAAUGUUUUGAUUUGUGAGCUGUAAUUCUAAGAAGUAGAGCAUUUCAUUUAACGUUGAAAAUAAUCUACUUAAUACAUACAGCACAUUGGUGAUAUUUUGUUUUAACAAGGGCAGUUGAAGUUCAUAUGUAAGUAAUUCUGAUUUAGUUGAUUGAUUAAUGGUUAUAAAAGUUAAAAAGUGAGAUUAGUGUAUGAAAUUCCAAGACUCACAUACUUACCUGAUCACGGACAUUCAAAUACAUGUUCAAAUGUUCUCGCUCUUUAUGGAUAGAAGAAUUCUUUUGUGCCUUUUGCAUUCAUUGUGCCUUUUGUUAAAUUGUGAUAUACAAUCAUGUGUGGUAUGUGUAGCAAGGUGUGGGUUACACAGCCCGGCAAUGGCUUACUGUUCCCCAGCAUGUGCCUGAGAGACUCACCUACAGUGCCCUGCAAGGCAACCCUGGACUUUCCAUGUGGUGAUGGGAGUAUGUAUUAUGUCAUUGGUUCCAACAGAUGACCUCCAUACCACUGGAUGAGGCCAGGACUGCCUCCUAUUGCAGCCUGAUGUAGCGAUUUGUGUAGCGAUUUAUGUGUUACUCUUGUCGGUAAAUCCACUGUUAUCCUGUGUGUCAUAUUUAGAUGCAUUCAUUUAUGUCCUGAUGAGAAACACUGUUUGGAAAUAUUACAUCCAAAUAGUACUGAUUCCUCAAAUAGGUGCCAGAUCUCCAAAAGAUAUGUGGUCCAAAAUGUAAAAGUAAAG